GGUAUGCUGAACCACCUUAAAUGAAUAACAAGUCCAACAUAUGGAUUGGAGAUGAUCCUUUCAACCGUUCAAUUCCAGUUUUCAUGGCUCAGGUUUCUAUAACAGCUCUGGGAACAACAGUUAUGAAAUCCGUAUUGGAACCCAUAGGUGUGACUUCUUUUGUCGCUCAGAUGAUAGCAGGUAUACUCAUGGGUCCUUCAUUGUUGGGGCAAACGGAUUUACUCAAAACAAAGAUAUUCACCUACGCAUCUUUGUAUACAUUGGAAACAAUUCAGUACUUUGGAUCCAUGUUCUUUCUAUUUCUUAUAGGAGUAAAAACAGAUAUCGGCAUGGUAAAGAAAUCGGGAAAAAUGGUGUUGCUGGUCGGACUCUUUAGCUUCUGCCUAUCUUUGGUUCUUGCGAUGUUAGUGGCUUUCAUUACUGUGAAGAAAUAUAAAACACAUUUUCUCGAAGUAGCACCAGAAUCCCUCUUUUAUGUUGCAGGAUUAACAUCACUGAGUUCGCCUCACGUCAUCAAUUCUUUCCUGGUUGAUCUAAAUCUCCUAAGUUCCCAACUUGGACGAAUAGCGGUAUCAGCAUCCAUGAUCAGCGGAGGAUGCAGCUUAGUUUCUGUCUUUUUAGUUUUAACACUUAAACAAAGCCAACUUUCUAAUCAGUUUCCAUAUAAUUUUUUGGCCACAAUGAUCGGUUGUUUCGCAAUCAUCAUAGUUAUUAUCUACGUUAUACGACCCAUAAUGCUAUGGGUACACAAACGUACAGCAGCAUAUCACACAGAUGUCGAGGAAGGGUAUAUACUUUUCAUUUUUCUUACGGUUUUGGUUUCUUCGUUGGCGGGUGAGUGUGUUGGGCAGCAUUAUUUGGUAGGUCCUUUGCUUUUGGGUUGGGUUGUUCCACCUGGACCGCCAUUAGGAGCUGCAAUAGAAGAGAAGCUAGAUUAUUUCGUUACGGCUAUACUUGUGCCAGUAAUCGUAAUUUCUAGAGCAUGCGCAUUCAAGGUGUCCGACAUAAAACAUUCAAUGAAAGUGGUAGUUUGGACACCGCCCUUCUUCAGUUUCUUUGGGAAGUUGCUCGGAACGAUGUUGCCUACUGUCUAUUCCAAAAUGCCAUACCAAGAUGCUAUAAUUCUAGGACUCAUCAUGAGUGUCCAAGGUGUGCUAGAUAUUCAGAUAUGGGUACAAACAAUGAAUCUUCAGGGACAUUUAUGGAAGUCUCGUGUUACUCAUGGUGGCUUUGACCGGGUCAAUCUCAGAAUGAAAACAAUCCAGCACUCCAAACCCAACGCACAGCUUCGUAUUCUACCUUGUGUCUACCACAAAGAGAAUGUCCCAAGCAUUGUCAGUCUCCUUGAAGCUUCCAAUCCAACAACACACAGUCCCAUCUGCGUCUAUCCUCUUCACCUAGUUCAACUUCAAGGUCGUGCGACACCUUUACUUAUCGCUCACAAGACGGACGACCCUAACGAUCCUUCAGAAGUGAACGACCCUACAGCGCGAACCAUCAUCAAUUCCUUUAAAUCAUAUGCACAUCACAACAAAGGAAUAGUUUCAGUAAAUUUCUUCACAGCCAUCUCACCGUGUAAUACAAUGCAUGACGAUAUUUGCACACUAGGUUUAGAUAAAAGAACCUCCCUGAUAAUUAUACCCUUUCACCACCAACCAGCUAUUCAUACAAAGUACCAGUCCUCAAAUGCGAUCCGUAGAGUAAACACUAAUGUUCUCAAUAAGGCACCUUGUUCUGUUGGUAUACUAAUUGACAAAGGUGCAACCGGUGGUAAGAGUUGUAAUGCUACCUGUCCUCCAUCCAAUGUUACGGUUAUAUUCUUGGGAGGUCCAGAUGAUCGUGAGGCAUUGGCUUAUGGAAGCAGCAAAAAUCAAAAGAAGCAGCAUAUAGUAUAUGCAUUUCGGUUUCAAACCUCAGGUUGCAAGAAUGUGAAGUAUGUAGAAGUAAUGGUGAAAGAUGGAGUAGAACUUAUUUCGUGUAUUAAAGGAAUGGAAAGUUCGUUCGAGCUUUUGAUUGUUGGACGAGAACAUGGAGAAGAAACAUCUAAACUAUUGGAAGCUUUCAAUCAAUGGAUUGAGUUCCCGGAAUUAGGGGUUAUAGGUGAUAUGCUUGUUUCUUCCGACUCAAAAAUGUCUGGGUCUAUAUUGGUCAUGCAACAACAUCAACAACAAAAGAAGAAGAAAGAGAACAAAAAGAAUGAACAAUCUGUCUUUACUUGA